GUUUGAGUACAAAGAUGUGGGCCCCCGUGUCAUUGAUUUUGCUGUCGACUUUCACCUUAUCAAUCCAAGACGCUUCAGUUGGCCAAGAAUGUGGAAAAUUCAAUGAGGAGCAGUUCCAGAGUAAAAACAUACUUACGGAGCUGGACGAGCAUCCAUGGGUUGGACGUAUCGAAAAUAAGGAUAGCGAUGGAAAAAAUAAACUGAUCUGCAUUGGCAUUCUAAUAGAUGCCCGACAUUUGGUGACAGCCGCCCACUGUUUCAUUAAUUCUGCCAAUGAUAUUUUUAGUGUCGUUUUUGGCAACGCAGACUCCAGUGAUGGCAAACUUGUCAGCUCGGUCACCAUCCAUCCAGAUUAUACACUUGGAAAACCCGAAAAGGACUUGGCCAUAAUCGAGCUAACCAAAGACGUUGAGUUUACAGACUUCGUUCAACCCAUUUGCCUGCCUUCGGCGGAGAAUCGCAAAAGUGAUCUCAUCGUUGCCGGAUUCGAGGGUCACUCUUAUAAUCCGGAAGUUGUAAGACUGGACAAACGCAUCAAAAUGCCAUUCAAUAGAACAGACAGCAAUGAGUGCCACAAGCUGCAUAAGCGUUUCUCGGCGGAGUUGAUUUGCGGCCACGCCGAGAGGUUACCCUUUUCUGGAUCAGCUUUGGUUGAGGCUUCUGGGAACCCCCGGAAAUUCCAUCUCAUCGGGAUGGCAGUGGUGGGCUUUGGCUCGCCCACAGGGUGGUACCAGGGAUACCUCAAUAUUCGAUCCAACCUAGAUUGGAUACAGCGGAAUACCUCUGGGUGAAGAAGACGAGUUCACAACUUUUCUCAUUAGUAACAAGAUUUUUAAUUUUUGGCGCCCAAGCUGUGACUUCUGACAGGUUGAUUUAUAAAUAAAGAAGCAAAUUCGUACACCAA